AUGCCCCUAUCAUUCACCGCAUUAAAGUUGAAGUUUAUAAAGAGUCAGUCUGACCAUUUCGAAAAAGACAAGUGGCAUCGAAAUCAGCCCACAUUUGCGUGUUUAGGACUCGGGCCGAUCUCUUCCCAUGGCAGACCAAAUUCUCUCAAUAGCAGACCUAGAGGAGGCUGCUUCGAAGAAGCUCCAGACUUCAGUGAAAGGUAUAGUGACAUAUUCAUAAAUAUCAGAAUUGGACUAAUUGUUCUUCAAUCUGUGCCAGAGUUCUUCAAUUCUGGCGCGACAAACCAAGUGACGCUCCAUGAGAAUUCAGCCGCUUAUCGCAAAUAUCGCCUCUUGCCGCGAGUUCUCAAGGAUGUUUCAAAAGUGAACACCGGUAUCUCCUUGUUUGAGAAGGAAAUUCCAUUUCCACUCUGUGUUUCUCCGGCUGGAAUCCAGGCAAUGGCUCAUCCCGAUGGCGAAUUGGCAACCAGUCGGGCAUGCGCCAAAAUGGGUGUGCACAUGGGCGUCUCCUCCUUCGCCAAUCACUCGGUAGAGGAAAUAACGGAGGCUGCAAAAGACGUUGGAUCUAUCAACCACGUCAUGCAGCUUUAUGUCAUGAACGAUAAAGCCAAGCAGGAGCGUAUCGUGAAACGCGCGGAAGCUGCUGGGUGUAAAGCCAUCUUCCUGACUGCGGAUAGCCCUGUCCUCGGUGUUCGCUACAAUGAGUGGCGAAAUGGCUUUAAACCUCCGUCCGGUAUAGGAUAUCCUAUGUAUGAGAAGUCAUCGGAGGAGAUACAUUCUGAAUCACACGAUGAUGGGUUCAGCGCAUCUAACUCCGACUCUCACUCAUGGGCGACAGAUAUUCCAUGGCUCCGUCGAGUGACUAAAAUGGAAAUUUGGGUUAAAGGCAUCCUUACCCCCGAGGACGUCGAAACCGCCAUAGAGUAUGGUUGUGACGGUGUGGUUAUCAGUAACCACGGAGGGCGACAGCUGGAUGAGACCCCCGCCACAAUCGAUGCUCUCCCUGCCUGUGCGAAGGCUGCGCGGGGGCGAAUCAGAAUUCAUGUUGAUGGUGGUAUUCGCUCGGGAUCCGAUAUCUUCAAGGCGCUAGCACUUGGUGCGGAAUGUUGCUGGGUUGGUCGCCCGAUGCUCUGGGGAUUGGCUUACAACGGUCAGGAAGGAGUAGAGCUGAUGUUGAAACUUCUUUUCAAUGACUUCAAGCGUUGUAUGCAACUGACAGGAUGUAACUCUGUGUCUGACAUCAGCCCUGUUAGUUUAGCGAUCGCUCAGCCGUAUGGACCUUUGGCAAGACUGUAA